AUCGCGGCUUUCCGAACUUCUAAUUUUUGAUUAUCAUGUUCCCCUUGGUGGUAUCCCUCCUGUCGCUGUUGUUCCUGGCCGCAUCGUCCUUAUCGGCACCGACGACGCAGUACGGGACAAUCACCGCGCCUGCGUCCGGCACCGCUGUAAUGCCGGGCGCAAAUUUCACGUUCAGCUACUUCCCGCACGCGGACUACGGCAUCUCGAGCUUUGCGUACCAGGUCUGGCUUCUCGCUGUGCCCGCCGCUGCCGGCGGCGUGGAGCAGCUUUCGUUCUCGACGCCCGGUGUCUCAGGCUACUAUUUCGGCAGGUUCGACUACCCGAACUACCCUGCCGUGCCGUACGCGCAGAACCCUGCGCCGCCGCAGCUCACGAUGCCCGACUUCUCGAAGAUGCCCGCGGGCUGGGCCGCGGGCGAAACCGCGAGCAACCUGUCGAUGCAGCUCACCGUCGUCGAGGAGUGGGGCGACAGCACGCCUACCGUCGGACGCCAAUUGAGCGUGGCGUCGGCGAUAAUCAUGUAUAACGCGACGUCGACCGCGUAAAAAUGUCUCAAGUUUCUACAUCGGACUACGUUAGACAGUGGACUAUUAUACAGACUACGGACGGCUUGGACGCUUGCUAUAUUCUUUGUACACAUACUCUCGGACGUCUCGGCUUCACCUACAGUAUCCCGGAUUCUUCUUCUUCUUAAUUCGCAUACACGUGUUGUAGGACUAGAACCUCCCAGAUUCCGCUCG